CUUACUCCUUUUUUGCCUGUGACUCCAUGUUGUGAACACAGUGCAAUGCUGCAGGGGAUUUUUUCUGAGUUGGACCAGUGAAUAUUACAAGCUGGCAAAUGGCCUCCUGUGUUUUAUGGAUAUUCAUAACACUGUGUCCCUUUCUUUCUUAUUCGGAAAGUGGAGAUGAUGCUUCACCUGAUGCAGAGUCCAGUGUUUUCUGCUCGUCCAUGAUCUCCUUGGACAUGAAUAGCCUCAUCUGUGGCCUGAUUGAUGAUGCUGCUGAAAUUGAAUCUGCAACACUUUGUAAAACAGGUAUGAAAAACAAGCAAACUUCAUGCAUCAAUGGUACGCUGGUGAAGGACACCAUAUCUUUUCAGAAACUGGAAAUUUUACAAAGGUAUGAACUGUGGACCCACUUCAAAGAUGGAGUAAAGGAAAGUCAAAAUAUUGACUUGGUGAAAAUAGUUAAAAUCCCAACUCCUGAGGUAUACAAUGCUACAUACAACUUUGAUGAGGCGAUUAUAUACAUUGGAUACAAGCAUGACUUAGUAGUCAACCCUAACUUCCAAUUGCAAGUCAGGGGAACAAGUGGCACAGAUAAGAUGACAAUGACCAUAAAUUACCAGCAAGUAACCAUAGGUGAAGACAAGCUGAGAAACAGUAAAACCUACUAUGUACGUGUUAGAGCCAAACCUGUGGAUUAUUUUGACGGCAGUUGGACCGCCUGGAGCCAGGAGAAAUAUUUCAGUCGUACUCCAGAUACCAUCCUCCCCACAGCUGAAGAUCCUUCAAUGGUCACAUAUGUCAUUCUAUGCACAUCUCUCAUUCUGGUGGUUGGCAUUGCAUUGAUGAUCCUACGAUGGAAGAAAGAGAUUCAAGCAUACAUUUCUCCAAACAUCCCAAAUCCGAAGGCCACCCUUGCCCAAAUACACAGAGAAAAGGAGCACCCACCUGUCAGUUUCAGCCCAGAAAUCUUCAACGACGUCAGCAUCAACCGGGUGGAUUAUGCAGAAGAGAAGCAAUUGGGUCCUGAGGGUGAUGAAGAUCAAGAAGACGCCACAGGAACUUGCUGGAGUGAAGCUGAGGGUUUGAGAUGUUCUCAGCCUCUGUCACUGUGCGACAAACAAAAUGGAGAUGAAAGGAGGCUUGAGGAAGAGAUGUCCCACCUGAAGAUUAAGUUGCUGGAUCAGGCCGAGGAAGUAGAGAAUGAGGAUGUCUGCCAGAGUCUGGCAACUCUCCAAAGAGAUUGUAAGGAUGAGUCUUACGUCACCAUGUCCAGCCUCUAUAAAACGCAGUAAGGCCAGAGCUGCAAAUAUUGCACAACAGUUAAGUCUCAUGAUAAUGGCUGCUCAUAUUAUUCUUUUUUCAUGGAGGAUUUCCAGAUUUGGUGGAUGAAAAGCAGUAAGUGACCAGACUAAAGCAAGUGUAUUGAUGGAACUAAUAGAGCUUGCUUGCAUGACACCCACAUUACCUACAGGCCUACGCCCUACAGAACGAUGGUAACAGUGCUCGGGCAACUGUGACAGGGACAAACAAUCCAGUAUCAUUCGCUGCUAAGAAUUAUCUCUGAAUGUUUUGACGACUUGGGCUUGAACUUCAAAUGAUUGUUUGAACAGUGCGACUCUAUUUGCUGUUUGGCGUUGCAAAAAGGUGGUACCAUUUCCUUAGUCAUCAGUCAGGCUUUCUGACCUGCAAACAACAUGUUUAAUUACAUUACAGGCAAAUUUGUGGCCAUUUUGUGAGCUUUCAUGCAGCCCUACAAACCACACGUUUGCAGAGAGGCACUCUGACCGUGUACUCAAAUGUAGCAAUCAAAAUUCAGUCACAAAAUAACACAGAAUGAUUGCAAUUUGCAUUUUUCUCAGUUCUUCCACCAACACGUAAUCUACCGAGGCCGCUAUGAAUGUGUGCACUUCAAAAAAUAUCACUGCCAACAGCAUACAGUAAUACAAUAACUGCUGCUAGCCUUCAUUUACUCAUUGAUAUGACAGCAACAUACAGCAUUUUCUCUUAUGUCACUUGUGUUUAGUUCAGUAAAUCAGAACGUAAUGUAUUCUCAUACAACUUUUUCACAGCAUUAGCAUAUUUUCUCAUUGUCAAAUAGUUGUUUUACAUUUUUGUUGUAUACUCAAGUUUGUGCAAGCCUUUUUUUGUAGACAUUACUGUAGAGGAUUUACUUUAAACAGCAGUAGUUGCUAUGAUUUUUAAAUAUAUACUCUAUUAUAUUAACCAGUGCUUCAUUUAGCAUCUUGUUUAAUUCAGUUUCUUGGUAUGAUCACAAAAGAGUCAUUUUAUUAUCACACAGCAUUUACAUUAUUGUACAAGACAUUUAAUGAAUGAUUUGCAAGACUGGAAUAAUAGAUGAUUUUGCACAUCAGAACCAAACAUAUCAAAACAAUUCUACUUAAUCCUUGUGAUGACCAUUGUGAUGAUUUAAAGGGCCCAUAUGUUUUUCUCAAAUUUAAUUUUUUCUUCCCGAAGGCCUAUUAUGUUUGUGUGGUUUUACGCACCAAAAAACAGCCCCAAAUCAUUUUUACAUUUUUACUAACCUCUCUGUAUUUCUUAGAAUCAAACAGGCUGUUUCUAUUACGGGUAUGCAAAUGAGCUGCAUUCUGAUUAGCUGGACUGUUCUGUAUUUUGUUGCAAAAGCAGUCUGUCAACAUGAUUGGGCAGGGCUUAACUGCUGUACAUUGAAUAGACGCAUCUGGGCAAAUGAACUGGUUUUUGGGAAAUCACAAAAUCAAGGAAUUCAAAAUGGGCUGUUUUCAAGAUUUCCAAAUGAGAACUGUUCAGACUGGGGAGUGAGUGGUACUUUAACAUUAUUUAUAUACUUACAAACUCUUUUGCUUCAAAAAAGUGAGGGAAACUUAUUUUUCAGUGAUACAGGCCCUUUAAGAUGAUUUUCUCAUUACUAAGACAAGAUCAAACAUAUUUAUCCAUAUCUGUACACUUAAUAUCCAUGGUAUAAAUUGUUAAUAUGUUGACUAUGCAAAUAUUAAAAAGAGGUACAAAAUGGUG